CACCGUGAAGUCUGGAGAAGAAGAAUAAGCGCCGCCCACUGUGCUGUGCUGGCACUCCCCACUUCCCGUAAACCGGAUGUAGUAUUCCACGUGUCUUUGGGAUUUACAGAUAACAGAUAAACUAUGACGUCGUUGGCACAGCAGCUGAAGCGUCUGGCAGUGACUCAGACGCCUAAGGAAGUCGUCUCGCUUCUUUUUGACCCAAAAUAUGCCGCCUCCAUGGACCGCAGCACCUUUUACGCCCUGGGCUGCACGGGGCUGGAGGUGCUGCUGGGAAUCGAACCGGCCUUCCAGGAGUUCAAGAACAGUCUGUUCAGCCGUGCCUCGCUGACGCUUGAGCGCAGUGUCCAGAGCAAAGAGGUCAACGAGAAGCUGGACGCCACCAUCGCCCUGUUCCUCGCCCGGCUCUGCCCCUACUUCCUGCUGAAGCCGGCGCACAAGUGCAUCGAGUGGCUCCUCCACCGGUUCCACAUCCAGCGCUAUAACGCUGACAGUCUGUUGGGCUGUGCUCUGCCGUAUCACAACACCAAGGUGUUCGUCAGAGUGCUGCAGCUGCUCCACUUGCGGGAGAAAACAAACUGGAGCUGGCUGCACCCCGUGCAGAAAGCCGGCGUCCCUCUCUCCAGAGAAGCUCUGGUUUCUCACUGCUGCUCCGACCUCAGCUUCAUGGACUUCAUCUGCAGCCUCGUCACCAAAUCCAUACAGGCGUACUCCGGUGCAACAGAAAGUAGUUCCAAACUCCGGGUGGUGUUCACGUUCUACGCCUCCGUCAUCGUUUCCUCUCUAGAUUCUGCAAAGAGGAUCUCUGACGCUAACAUCUCCAAGCUGCUGCCCUUUAUCCACCAGGGUCUGUCCUCUCCCCUCCCUGAUUUCACGGCGGCCUCCUACAUGUUGGUGUGUCAGCUGGCAGUAAAGCAGGUCCUGAAGCAGCGCCUGGUCGAGGCUCUGUCCUUGUCCGUCUGCAGGUCUCUGAUCCAGGAUCAGCGGCUCCUGAAGGAGGGUCUGGGCUGCCUCACUGUGCUGAUGCAGAGCCAGGGGGAGGGCCCUGGCAACAAAGCGCUGAGAGUCUUGGUCUCGGUGCCGUUGCUGGUCUCCUCUCUGCAGGAGAUGUCUGUCUCUCACGACGUCAGCCCCCUGCUGAAACACCUGCUGCCUCACCUGCUGCACCAGCUGUUCACCUGUAAACCAGGUGAGUCUCAGGCAGAGCUCUCUGUGUUGGAGAAUAUUCUACAGAACCUCCCUCUGAUCAACGGCCUGGACCAAACCGUGGCUCGGCUGCUGCUGGAAGAGUACCUGAGUCAGAGAGACGUCUCUGCAGAGACUCUGUCCUCCAUGGACCUGACGCUGCAGCCUCUGAUCCGCCUGUUAGAGUCCCGGUUCUGUGUGGCUCUGGACGGCAUCCUGGCAGGUCAUGUGACCAGCGUCGACGGCAGUGAUCAGAAACGUCUCUUCCACCGCUUCCUGUCUCUGUCCAUGAGCGGCGGGAAGUACCAGAUCUUGGGCGACUCGGACACGUCUCUGCUGCUCAGCCUCAAACACCCUCAGCCGGUGGUCCGAGUCUCCGCUCUGACUCACCUUAAGGACGCUAUCACCUACCAGCAGCAGAAUCUGAAUGCAGCGUUCCUCAGAGACGUUGUGAUAGAGAGUCUGCAUGACGACGAGCCGACGGUCGCCGCAGCCGCCGUCAAAGUCCUCGAGGUGCUGCUGGAUGUGUUGGACCCUGAGGACGUGGUGACCAAUUUACUGUCCCUGCUGCUCAGAAGACAACUGUCCCAUGCUGAGGCCUGGCUGCCGGUGCUGACGGAGGCGCUGCGUUUGCUGUCCGACCCGCGGCUGGGAAAUGGGGAUGCUGAGCGGCUGCAGAGGGCGGCCUGGAGGCUCCUCCCCCUCCUCGUGCUCUCCUCCCUUGAUGACCUUCCCCUCUUAUCCUGCCUCAUCCGGUGUCCCCUCCUCAGGACUCAUCCCCUCACCCUCACCUGGGAACAAGAGCUGGAGGCGCUGAUGAAGACGAAAUCUGAACCAGACUUCCUGGUUACUGUUAAUGAGCGCCUUGUCUCCACGAUGACCAAAAACAUCUCCGACAUGGAGAAGUUCUGCAGACGAGAUGCUCUGGAGAAGCUGUCUGCGCUGGUGGAGCAGCAGAAGGGCCCCUCCCUCGGGGUGCGGACCUCAUUCGUGGUUCUGACCCGGGUCCUGCUGCAGGUCCUGGGGGAGCUGAGCGAGAUGCAGCACAUCAUCACUGCCCAGAGUGUUUUCCAGCUGCUGGAGCGCCCCCUGCUGGAGGCCUGCAGGGGUGACAACCCACCCUCCUCCACAGAGACUCAGGAAGUGUCGUCCUUCUCCAUGGUGUUCUCUCACUUCCUGCUCAGCGCUGAUCAGCUGACGUUCAGCAGCGUCCUUGUCACUCUGCUCAGAGACUUUAUCUCGAACCUGCGCUGCCCCUACAACGCCUUCAAAGCGGGGGUGUGGUGGAACCCAGAGAAGCUGGACAACAACACCUGCGGUUACCUGAGCCUGAUGCUGCAGAUCUCCAGCCUCCUCAUUAGAGGGGCCUCUGAGGGCCCGAACGCCGCAGCCUGCAGGGACCUGAUGAAGCUGCUCAUACAGGUGCACUUCCCCUCCCCCCCGCUGCUCUUCCGCUUCCUGUGCAUGAUGUGGGGUUACGUCGGUAACCAUGGAGACCAGCUUGACGUACAGGUGGACGCUGUCCUGCAGACCCGGGCGCUGUACAUGGGGGCGGCGCUGCUGACCAAUCAGAGCACCGUCAUGCUGCAGGAACUCAGCUCCGCACAGUCCCCCGUGGUUCCCUCUCUGCUCUGCUGUCUCUCCUCUCCGGUGAGGGAGGUGAGGAGGGCGGGGCUUAGCGCUCUGCAGAACCUAUCAGCAGCCAGCGCCUCUCCCUUCCAGCCAAUCACAGAGAAGCUCCUAAAGACCUCAGAGGAGAUCAUCGCUGACCCCGCUUACCUGAGCCAGGCUCUGGGCGUCCUCCAGGAUCAGAGUGUGGUUUCUCUUCAGCCUCUGCUGCAGAGCGUGCAGAUGUCCUGCUGUCCGUCCUACAGCGCCACCUGUCUGCUGAGAAACCUGAGACACGUCAACGGAUCGUCGGUGCUGGCGGGCCUGCUCCCAGUCCUGGAGAAUCUCCUGGAUCAGAGUGCUCCGGACGUCCCCCCCCUGCUGAGAGACGAGGCCCAGCUGGUGCUCCUGAUCCUGGGGAAGUUCAGCCAGGAGGCGGCCCCCCUGCUGGACCAGGACCAGAACUGCCUGGAUCUUUUCAUCAGGGUCCUGAAGACCCAACACCCGCUGCACCCAGACCUGCCAAGCUGCCAGACCACUGCCCUGGAGCAGAUGACGAAGCCCUUCUUCUCCGCUCUCGGGGAGGCGGUGCAGCAGCGCCUGCUGACGGCGAUGUUCGAUGUUCUGACGGAGAGUCGCAGCCCCCUAGUGGCAGACACCAUCAGCAGCGUCUUCAAACGGAUCGCGGUGCACGGUCAGCUGUUAGCCAAUGAGCUCGCUCCACAUGAGAAACCCAAAGUGAAGGUGACGGUGCAGCAGACACGCCGCAGCAGGAUGAGCCAGAGAAUUCCUCUGGAGGCCCCCGGGGGUCCGGAGUCUCCAGAGGAGGGCGCUGUGUGCUGGAGGAGAGUCUCUCUGAUCCUAGAGCUGCUGCAGAACAAGAAGAAGCUAAAGAGAGCGCAGAGCCUUGUACCUGUUCUCUUCUCUCUGCUGCACAGGAGUCUGGAUUCCUCUCCCUCUGAUGACACCAACAUUGAGUACAUCAAGCAGCUGCUGCUCAGCUGUCUGCUCAACAUUGUCCAAAAACUGAAGCCUGAAGGAGGUGCCGCGGGGACAGAGCACCUGGAGGAGGAGAAGUUCAGCGUGGAACUGGUGGUUCAGUGUAUCCGAUUCUCCGACAUUCCUCAAACGCAUCACAAUGCUCUGCAGCUGCUGGGAGCCGUCGCCGCCAUCUACCCCGAGAAGGUGCUGCACAACAUCAUGCCCAUCUUCACCUUCAUGGGGGCUAACAUCCUGCGGCUGGACGACGCCUACAGCUUCAGAGUCAUCGAGCAGACGCUGACCUUGGUCAUCCCUGCACUCAUACAGGCCCACCAGCUCUCUGAGGGAGGCUCCUCCCCCUCCCUGGUUGCCGUGGUGACGAGGAUAGUGCACGUGUUUGUGGACGCUCUCCCUCACGUCCCCGAGCAUCGAAGGCUGCCCGUCCUCCAUCAGCUGGUGCAGACGCUAAGCCCCGCCCCCUUCCUCUGGAUCCUCAUGCUGCUCCUCUUCAAGCUCCACGCCUCUUCCUCAACUGCAGCCAGCGGGAAGAAGGCCGCUCUGGAGAAUGAUGUGGAGUUCUGGAUUUCUCUGUGCUGUCAGUUUGAUGUCAGUGAUCAGCUGACUUCGCUCAUCAACAUCCUCAACUUCCUGCUGCAGCUCCCUGAGGACAAAGACGACGCUGCUGCAUUGAAGAGCUCUGCAGGGCAGAGAGGAGCGAUGAUGAAGAGGAAGGAUGAAGAUGAGGAGGUGCAGGACCUGAUCUUCAGCCUGGAGACUCACAGCAGCAAAGAGCUGAGACACUUCAAGUUCCUCUGCGUCUCCUUCAUGGCUCAGCUGCUCAACUCUAACGCCUUCAUCGCCAAGGUUGCAGACGGAGGAGAUGCGGAGGACGCGUCUCUGCAGCCGCUGCAGCAGAAGCUGCUGGAGGAGAUCCUGCGUUACAUCAACAGCGUCGCUCGCUGUGUGGAGAAUAACGCAGAUAAACCCACUGGCAAGUUCUGGAGGGUUCUUCUGAACAAGGCCUACGACCUGCUGGAUAAGGUGAACUCCCUGUUGCCCACGGAUACGUUCAUCACGGUGAUGAAGGGGCUGAUGGGUAAUCGCCUGCCAUCCGUCAGGAGGAAGGCAAUGGAGCUGCUGAACAACAAACUGCAGCACCGCACGCAGUGGGACGAGCAGCAGGUCACUGUGCUGCUGCAGCUGAUCGACGACCUGCUGUGCAUUGUGGGUAAGCAGCAGGAACAGCCUGAGCAAGAGCAGGAACAGCCUGAGCAGCAGCAGGAACAGCCUGAGCAGGAGACGGCCAUCAACCGGCAGACGGCGCUGUUCAGCCUGAAGCUGCUGUGCCGCAAUUUGGGCUCCGGCCACCAGGGGGCGUUCUCCCCAGUUCUGCAGAGGGCGGUGAAUCUGGUGGAGGAACCAACAGAGGAGAAGAACGUUACAGGCAGCGCCAUGCUGCUCAUCGCCGAGGCCGUCAGCACGCUGAAGGCCCUCGCCAUCCCUCAGCUGCCACGCUUGAUGCCGGCGGUGCUGCUCGUUCUCUCAGACAGGAAGCAGCUGCUGACCAAUGAGAUCCUCCUGCUGAGCGCGGUCACCGCCCUGCAGCGAAUCACAGAGACGCUGCCACACUUCUUCAGCCCCUACCUGCAGGAAACCAUCACACAGGUGUGUAGUCUGACUCGUCUGGUGGAGUCUUCCUCUUCCUCCUCGUCUUCCUCGGCCGGCGCUCAGCUCUCCUCCCGUCUCUCCUCCCUCCGGGCGACCCUCGCCACCAAACUGCCCCCCCGAGUCCUGCUGCCCACCCUCACCAAGUGCUACAGCAGCAUGGUUCUCGACAGACAGGGCCAGCUUGGGGCGCUGCUGAGCAUCCUGCAGGAGCACAUUGGUCACAUGGAGAGGGAGCAUCUGAGCCACCACCAAUCAGAGCUCACCUCCUUCUUCCUGUCCGCCCUCGACUUCAGAGCGCAGCACUGCCAGGGCGACCUCCAGAGGACGUCAGAGGUCGAGGGUCAUGUGAUCGACUGUCUGCUGGCGAUGGUGCUGAAGCUGUCGGAGGUCACCUUCAGACCGCUCUUCUUCAAGCUGCUGGACUGGAGUAAGACAGGAAGUAAGGAGCGUCUGCUAACGUUCUUCCGGCUGUCCGACGUCCUGGCGGAGAAACUCAAAAGUCUGUUCGUUCUGUUUGCUGGGAAUCUGGUGAAGCCCAUCGCCGACCUGCUGACCCUCUCCAACUGCUCCCAGACAAGUGAGCCGCUGUUUGCGUCCCUCAGCAGUCAGAAGGUGUGUCUCCUGCUUCACUUCCUGUUGGAUUGUCUCUAUAAGAUCUGUCUCUACGACACGCAGAGGUUCCUGAGCAGAGAGAGAGCAGACACACUGCUGCAGCCCCUGCUGGACCAGAUGGAGAACAGUGUGGGGGGGCAGGAGGCCUCACGUCUCAGGUUGACCCAGAACCUGGUUCCCUGUUUGGGUCAGUUCUCUGUGGCUCUGGCUGACGACUCUCUGUGGAAAACUCUCAACUACCAGAUCCUGCUGAAGACCAGACACACACUGCCUGAGGUGCGUUUCUCCUCUCUGCUGGUGCUGAUGGAGUUGGCCUCAAAGCUGAAGGAGAACUACGUCUCGCUGCUGCCGGAAACCAUCCCCUUCCUGGCUGAACUCAUGGAGGAUGAGUGUGAGGAGGUGGAGCAGCAGGUUCAGAAAGUGAUUCAGGAGAUGGAGAACAUCCUGGGAGAACCUAUGCUCAGCUACUUCUAACAUGCACGCACACACUCAAUCAGGUGUGGCAUUUGUACUUUUUAAUCGAAUGUUCAAAAAAUAAAAACGUUUUUUGUCAGUCUGA